GAAACCCCUUACAGACGUGGGCGUGCCUCCAAGAAUGAAGAUAUUCAGAUAUUGCUUUAAACACACUCUCCAGCAGAAACUCUUCAUCCUCCUCUUAACCCUAUGGCUGUUCUCCUUGUUAAAGCUUCUAAAUGUGGACAGACUCCUCUUCCCUCAGAGAGACAUUUACCUGGUCGAAUACUCCCUAAGUACCUCCCCAUUUGUAAGGAACAGGUUUCCUGAGACAGAGGAUGCAGCCAGGGAUGAAGUUAACUGCUCAGGGGUCUACGAGCACGAGCCUUUGGAAAUCGGCAAGAGUCUGGAAAUCAGAAGGCGGAAAAUCAUCGACUUGGAGGACAGUGAUGUCGUGGCGAUGACAAGUGACUGUGACGUCUAUCAGACCCUAAGACAGUACCACGAGAAGCUGGUUUCUAGAGAGGAGGAGGACUUCCCCAUAGCCUACUCCCUGGUCGUCCACAAAGACGCCAUCAUGGUUGAGCGGCUAAUCCGUGCUAUUUACAACCGGCACAACCUUUACUGUAUCCAUUACGACCUGAAGUCACCAGACUCGUUCAAAGCUGCCAUGAACAACCUAGCUAAGUGCUUCUCCAACAUCUUCAUCGCUUCCAAAUUAGAGGCUGUGGAGUACGCUCACAUUUCCCGGCUCCAAGCUGACUGGAAUUGCUUAUCAGAUCUUCUCAAGUCUUCCGUUCAGUGGAAGUAUGUCAUCAACCUAUGUGGGCAAGACUUUCCCCUAAAGUCAAAUUUUGAAUUAGUGACAGAGCUGAAAAAACUCCAAGGAAGGAAUAUGUUAGAGACAGUGAGGCCUCCCAGCAGUAAGAUGGAGAGGUUCACCUAUCACCAUGAGCUCAGACAGGUGCCUUAUGAAUAUAUGAAGCUGCCGAUAAAGACAAACAUCUCCAAGGGGGCACCCCCUCAUAACAUUGAGGUCUUUGUAGGCAGUGCCUAUUUUGUUUUAAGUCAAGCAUUUGUUAAAUAUAUUUUCAACAGCUCCCUCGUUGAAGACUUUUUUGCCUGGUCUAAAGAUACAUACUCUCCUGAUGAACACUUUUGGGCCACCUUAAUCAGGAUACCAGGAAUCCCAGGAGGAGUUUCCAGGUCAUCCCAGGACGUGUCUGACCUGCAGAGUAAGACCCGCCUGGUCAAAUGGAGUUACUACGAAGGUCUUUUUUACCCCAACUGCACUGGCUCUCACCUUCGAAGUGUGUGCAUUUAUGGAGCUGCAGAAUUACGGUGGCUCAUCAAGGAAGGGCACUGGUUUGCUAAUAAGUUUGAUUCUAAAGUAGACCCUGUCUUGAUUAAAUGUCUGGCAGAAAAGCUUGAAGAACAACAGAGAAAGUUGAUUGCUUUCUCUUCAGAGAAGUUCAUUACAAAGGGAAACCCCAAAGCCACACAUCUUAAGAUGACUAGGGGCCUGAGGGUAUCUGUUACAAAGAGUUAA